AUGAAGGCCUUCUGGCGAUCAUUUGCUAGGCUUGGGGAUGUUAGGAGUUAUUCAGUGUUAAACAAUGAUCAGCCGAGAAUUAAUGGCGUUAAAGAAGUGAUUGCCGUCGCUUCUGGUAAAGGCGGUGUUGGCAAGUCUACCGUUGCGGUUAAUUUGUCAGUUACACUAGCUAACAAGUGUCGAUUGAAGGUGGGCUUGCUUGAUGCUGAUGUGCAUGGACCAUCUGUUCCAACCAUGAUGAACAUCCACCAAAAGCCAGAAGUUACUAGAGAUAUGAAGAUGAUUCCCGUUGAGAACUAUGAAGUGAAGUGUAUGUCACUGGGAUUGCUGGUGGAUAGGGAUGCACAAAUUGUGUGGAGAGGCCCCAUCGUGAUGAGUGCUCUUCAGAAAAUGUCAAGGGAAGUAAAUUGGGGAGGUCUUGAUAUUCUUGAGGUGGAUAUCCCCCCUGGCACAGGUGAUGCACAACUAACUAUGUCCCAGAAGCUUCAUUUGUCAGGUGCUUUAAUAGUUUCAACCCCACAAGAUGUUGCAUUGAUUGAUGCUCAUAGAGGAGUUAGAAUGUUCUCUAAAGUUCAAGUUCCUAUUUUGCGAUUAAUAGAGAACAUGAGCUACUUCAAGUGUCCACACUGUGGUGAACCUUCGUUCAUUUUUGGAGAGGAUGGAGCUCAAAAAACAGCUGCUGAGAUGGGUUUGCAACUUGUUGGUGAGAUACCUAUUGAAGUUGACACUAGGAAAAGUUGUGACGAAGGCAUCCCAAUAGUAGUAUCAGCACCUGAUUCAGUUGUCUCCAAAGCUUACCAUUAUGUAGCUCAAAAUGUUGUCAUGAGACUUAAGGUGUUGGCAAAGGGAUGAAAACUACCUCAAGAGGCCGACCAGCAGAGUUUACUUAGUUAAACCACCUCCAUUCCCAUGGUUUCUUGGCUAUGGUUACUUGGCGGUGCUUUUGAGGUUCAUCUAGACAUCAAGAAUUUCAGUUUGAGCUAUUUGGAUAAUGAGAUGACUAUCAAGUGUAUGGAAGCAUACUGAUUAGGAAACUAGUUUUUGAUGAAUUACACUCUCAGAACAGUUUAGUUCUUCCUCAAGCUUCUCGGGAUGGAAAUGUUAAGCUCUUGAUCUGUACAGUUUCAUCUGGCCUGGCUUUUCAUGUGUCCUUUUCUUCAUAGUUUCCUGCAGUUUACUAUUUUGAGACUAGCUGACACUAAAAUGAUUUACAGCUUUGAAAUUAAUCUUAAGAACCUUACAUUCAGAAGCAUUGGUUGGGACUUGCAGUUUUUGCAUACCUAUGUAAAGAUAUUCCCUUUGUCUAUUUACAUUUUUUUUUUUCAUUUUCUAAUUUUCAUGCAAUCUCGAAAAGAUUGCUUCCUCAGACAGGUACCAGUUGUCUUUAGUGUUUAUGUUGUGAUUGCAGUGUAAUUUCAACCAAAAUCAAUGAAAGAAAA